AUGUACAAAAAAUUAUUUGCAACUGUGCUCUUACUUUCCGUUUGCAAUGGAAUUCAAGUGAGUCAAAUACUUUAAAAGCAAAGAUCUUAACUGCUUUGGAAACAAGAAGCUACUAAUAAAUUCUCAUGGAAUGCUACUCAAGAAUUGAAAUGGGAAGUUGUAAAUGCCUUUAUAGAUGUUCAGACCUCCCCAGAUGGUGAUGUAUUUGCAAUUUAAAAAAUUUAAUCUGAACUUCAAGAGACCAAAUACCAUCUCUAUCUCUACAAUGUUACCUCGAAUGUAUGGAAUAUCGUAGACGGAAACUUCGAGGUCAAGGCUGUGAGAUUUGACAGACUUGGAAACAUGUACUAUCUGGAUCCUAAAAACUGUGUCCGCAACUCAGAAUAAAUAAAGGUCGUUUGUGGACUCAAAGAUUUUGAAGUGACUGUGGAUAAAAAAAUAAUCGGACUCAUUGAUGACUCAGGACUUUAAACUGCAGCCAGUCUAUCAAGUGCUUAUAAGCCGGCACUUGUCUCACCUUACGAAUUUAAAUCCUUAUCUGGCUUCAAAGGAAUCACUCUCUUGAAAGAUGAACCUAUACUUAUUGCCAGCGAUGGCACUGUUGACUCUAUAUAUGGAGGAGAAAAACUCAUCAGCAUUAGUGCAGGAAUAGACGGUUCACUCUGGGCACUCUAAGAUGAAGGUAAUGCCACUGAUUUCACAGUACUCAAGUGGUAGACUAUAGCCUAGAAGUGGUAUAAAGUUUUAGGUGCUAAAGGAACAUGUCUUUCCGCCUUCAAUGAAAUUUCUGUUGCUAUUGUAAACUCAUUAGGAUUACUAAGUCUCUCUUCUCAAAAUGGGCAUCAAAAUGAGGCUGAUUAUGUAAUAUCUGCACCUUAACCUCCUACUUCCACAUAUGCGAGCACUUUGGCUCAAAAGGCUGACUUUGAUUGGAUGCUGAGUCUUAUUAACACAACUACUUUUACUGAACUAGUACCACUUUUCAAAUCUGCAGCAAAUGUCAAAACCAGAUUGGAGGCAUUCAAUUCUAUAGAAAACAAGACGAAUGUGUUCAUUCUCUAUAAAACUAAUUAUGAUGUUGUGUCAGGCUUCUUUUUCUCAGGUCCAUUUCCCACCCCAAACUAGCGUUCAAUGUCGCGUUAGAAAACAUUCGCAGCUUUCAGCAUCACAAAUAGAUAUUCUUAUCCAGUUGACACUUAAGCAUUUUCAGCCUAUAAUGAAAUUCAAGAAAUAUUAAAUAUCUAGGGACAUGACAAUACAUUAGAUAUUUCACCAUAGUGCGGAUAAUCUGCUGGAGGAUAUAAUAUGGAUAAUUUUGUCGAGAUUAUCAAUAUUGGAAAUAGUGCUCAUCACAAAGCCUCGAAAAUUCUCACAGGAAAUCAAAAUGAUCCAGAAUAGGUAGAAAACAGAUAUGUUCAAUGUGUUGAAAUUGAAAUUUAUCAAGCAAAUUGA